CGUCAAUAUUUUGGCAUUUUCAUCUCAUGCAAUAUUGAUCCAAUCACCAUCCAAUCAUUCUUAUUUGUAGUUUCCGAAAAGUAGAAGUCUAGAAGGAAAUCAUGACUACCCAAGCCCUUCCAAACGCGGCUCAGACUGGCUUUUCCAACGCCUCUGCAUACGACAAACACCGGCCGACCUAUACCACACAAGAAACCGAGACCCUGCUUUCAUCUAUUGGCCUGAAGGAUCACAAAGGGGCCAAGCUACUGGAUCUAGCGGCAGGGACUGGACUAUUUACAGAAGCGCUUGCGGCUCGGCAUGAGGACUUUGUGAUCACCGCCAUCGAGCCCCAUGAUGACAUGCGGGAAGAGUUAGAGAAAAAAGAUCUACAAAGAGUUACGGUUAAGAAAGGACGGGCGAACGAUAUUCCGCUGGAGGAUGGGAGUGUCGAUGCUGUAUUUGCGGCGCAGGCAUUCCAUUGGUUCGCGAAUGUUGAAUCUCUCAAAGAGAUACGUCGUGUUUUAAAGCCAAAUGGUGUACUAGGACUCAUCUGGCAUGUUGAUGAUUGGAAUGCAUAUAAAUCUAACAUACCAACCACCAAAUGGGAAAUCGUAAUCAAAGAAGAGAUCUGGCACCAUGAUGACAGUCUCCCUCGCUACCGGCACGGCCUAUGGAAAGCCGUGUUUGACGAGCAGAACCAGGUGUAUUUUAAAUCGCCGAUCGAAGAGAAAUCGGACCCGUUUACCUACUACAUGACCCUAGAGGCAUUGUGGUCGAGAUUGCAGACUUUCAGUCAAUUCGCUAAUCUGGGUGAAGAAGAUUUCAAGAAGUUGAAAGAGCGAUUUGACGAUGCCUUGAGCGGAGAGGAUGUUCCAAGAAAUGAGGCUGGCGACGUGGCUGUUCAUGGAAAGACACAGUAUGCCUGGGCCAAGGCAGUAUAGAUCAAUAGAAUUUAGAAGUUAGCAUCGAAUUAACGAGAUUCUUCAUCGUUUGGAGGAGGCGA